AUGGACGUGACAGCUCACCGAUUCUUAGUUCUGUUGAUAAUUGUUUUGUUGGCAAUUGGCAAUGGCAAAAAGUCCGGUUCGAGGUUUACCAAUCUUAAGUGCGAGUCCUACAACAUCAGUUUUGCCAAAUUCGAGACCUGCAAGCUCAAUGUGCUCGGCAGGGGCGUCAUCGGGUCAAACAUCCACUUAAAUUUGUUCCAAGUACCGAUUCACAGUGUAUCCAUCAACUGGAGCUUUUGGCGUCGCUACAGUGGCUACAAACCUUUUCUUUACAAUUCCACUCUCGAUUUCUGCAAGUUUGUAAAGCAACCAAAAAAGAAGUCCUUCGAGAAACUCGUGCUCGACGCUAUUACAUCUCGCUCCAAUCUGAAUCACACUUGCCCCUAUGAUCAUGACAUCAUUGUGGAUAAUCUGGUGUUUAAUGAUAAAUUUCUGCAAACGUUGCCACUUCCACAAGGUGAUUACAAGAUACAACUUCGUUUUGCCAGCGACAACAUCUGGAGACUCCAAGUCGAUAUCUUUCUAUUGCGAGAUGAAUAA